AUGGCUUUCAAGGUCACUGAGAAUACAGAGAUCAACUACUCGUGGCAGUUAAGUCAUCCAAAAUUAGUUGAACUGAUUGGUUAUUGUUUGGAAGAUGAACAAUGGCUUCUUGUGUACGAGUUUGUGCAUGAGGAUAGUCGUGAGAAUUUUCUGUUCAGAAGCGAGUAA